CUAUUUCUUGAAGCUUUUUUUUCUUCUUCCUUUUCACAUACAUAAAACCAAAUCUAAAAGCUACCAUUAAUUAAUCUCCAUAAACAAUAUUAAUAUAAUCCUCUGUAUAUGUCUUUCUGUUUCCAGUUCAUAUUAAUUUAUAUUUAAUUUGUCAAAAGAAAAUCUAUCUUUCUUGUAACGUACUUUACAUCGGACAACACCUAUUUAACUGAACCCCGGCCCCUUAUUUAUUAUAUAAUAUAUAUAUUUCUUGCAAAAAUCUUGAAGAAAUGAAAGGAAUUAUGUGGCAUUUAGUAGUAUCUAUUAUUUGUGUUGUUGCAAUUGUGGGUAGUGCAGAGGAUCCUUACAGGUUCUUUACUUGGAACAUUACUUAUGGUGACAUUUCCCCUUUAGGUGUUCCCCAACAGGGAAUUCUGAUAAAUGGACAAUUUCCAGGACCUGACAUAUAUUCAGUCACAAAUGAUAAUAUCAUAAUCAACGUGUUCAAUAAUUUGCCUGAGCCCUUCCUUCUCUCCUGGAACGGAAUACAGCAGAGGAAAAAUUCAUUUGAAGACGGAGUAUUCGGAACGACAUGUCCAAUUCCUCCAGGAAAAAACUUCACUUACAAAAUGCAAAUGAAGGAUCAAAUUGGAAGCUUCUAUUAUUUCCCGUCCCUCGCUUUCCACAAAGCUGCCGGUGGAUUUGGUGGUUUUCGGAUCCUCAGCAGGCCUGGAAUCCCCGUUCCGUUCCCUGAGCCUGCCGGAGAUAUCACUGUUCUCAUCGGUGAUUGGUACAAAACUAAUCACAAGGUUCUUCAGUCUAUUUUAGACAAAGGAAAGAUGCUCAUGUCCCCCGAUGGUAUUCUCAUCAACGGCCGCGGAUCAAAUGAUUCACGGUUCACAGUUGAACCGGGAAAAACAUACAGAUUGAGGAUAUCAAAUGUGGGGAUCCGAGAUUCACUGAAUUUCAGGAUCGAGGGUCACAGUAUGAAGCUGGUGGAAGUGGAGGGGACUCACACUAUGCAGACCACCAUAACCUCCCUGGACGUGCACGUAGGCCAGUCCUACUCCGUCCUAGUCACCGCCGAUCAGCCUCCUCAAGACUACUACAUAGCCGUAUCAACACGUUUCUCCACCAAACUCCUCACCACCACCGCCGUUCUUCACUACACCAACUCCGCCAAGCCUGUCUCCGGCCCCCCACCGCCCGGCCCCACCGACCUUCCGUUUUCCUUAAACCAAGCUCGUUCCAUCAGAACAAAUCUGACAGCAAGUGGACCUCGGCCGAACCCACAAGGCUCGUACCACUACGGCAAAAUCAACGUGACCAGGACAAUAAUAUUAGCCAGUACAGCUGGCAUAGUUAACGGGAAACAACGUUACGCAGUGAACGGCAUUUCGUUUAUUCCGCCAGAUACGCCCAUGAAGCUAGCAGAUUAUUUCAACAUUUCAGGGGUAUUCCGUGUCGGAAGCAUCUCCGACAAUCCUCCACUAGGGAAUGGAAUCAACCUCGACACGUCAGUAAUGGGGGCAGAUUACAGAGCAUUUGUCGAGAUUGUGUUUGAAAACAGGGAAAACAUCGUACAAAGCUGGCAUCUUGAUGGAUAUGCUUUCUUCCUAGUAGGAAUGGAUGGAGGUACGUGGACAUCUGAUAGUCGGAAACAGUACAAUCUAGUAGACGCCGUUUCGCGCUCCACAACACAGGUGUAUCCUAAUUCAUGGACAGCAGUAUACGUGGCACUGGACAACGUAGGAAUGUGGAAUAUAAGGAGCGAGUAUUGGGCAAGACAGUACCUCGGUCAGCAGUAUUAUCUACGUGUGUAUACGCCGGUGAAGUCUGUGAGGGAUGAGUAUCCCAUUCCGAGUAACGCUUUGCUUUGUGGAAGAGCACAAGGCAUAAAGAAGAAGCAUCCUCUAUUAAUUACUAAUACUUUAACAUUUUAAUUUGUACAUUAAUCUAAACUCAUAUUCUUUUGUAUCUCUGGAAAAUAAAUAAAUUAUAUUAAAGCAAAAUAAUGGGAUUUGUAUCUUUUUUAA